AAGAUAAUACAGGGAAGAGAAAGAAGAGGGAGAGGGAGAGGGAGAGGGAGAGAGGAAGUAUUAUGAAACCAAUCAUAAAGUACAGUUCAAAGAUCUCUGGAAGAGCAGAAAGAUACUGGAAAAAAAACCCAAAAGAUCUUUCCUAAUUCUAAAAGGGGAGAAAGAAGUUGCAGGCUUUGGAAAAUCAUUUGCCCCACAGUGUAGAAGCAAAAUCUCUAUUUGUGGUUGGUCUUUAAUGGCGAUGCAGAGAAGGGCAGACAGAGUUACAGAGAUCUUCACAAUUUGAAACUGAAACUGAUUUCUCUACUUGUUCUCUCUGUCUGAUCCAGCGAAGGAGGAAAAAAAAAGUUGGAUAGAAGGGUAAUUUUAUUCUAACCUUUAUGGUUUUUAUGUGGGGCUGCUAAAGCAAGAAAGACUGUGAGAGAGAAAGAUCAGUUGAGAGAAUAGAAUAAGGGAAGCAUAAAAAACUGAAGAGAUUCACGAGAGUGUCAGAGGCUGAGAAAGUUGAGGAACUAGGAAGUGCUCGUCGAAGCCCUCUUCAAACUUCAAUUUGGAAAAUGGGUAGAGCGACGAGAUGGUUCAGGAACCUGUUGGGGAUGAAGAAAGAGAAGGAACAAAGGGAGAACUCUAACAACGGUGACCACAAAGAUAAGAAAAGAUGGAGUUUUGGAAAGUCGGGGAGGGAUUCUAGUGUGACCGGUCAGAUCCCAGCAAGUAUUCCGGCGAACAUACCUGCAGCGGAAGCUGCUUGGCUGAGGUCAUAUUACAACGAAAAUGAGAGAGAACAGAACAAGCACGCAAUUGCUGUGGCUGCGGCCACGGCUGCAGCAGCUGAUGCUGCCGUUGCCGCUGCACAAGCUGCGGUCGCCGUGGUGAGACUUACUAGCCAUGGUAGAGGGACGAUGUUUGGUGGUGGACGGGAGAGGUGGGCUGCAGUGAAGAUUCAAACUGUCUUCAGGGGAUAUUUGGCCAAGAAGGCUCGUCGAGCUUUGAAAGGGCUGGUGAAGUUACAAGCCCAUGUUAGAGGUUUCCUUGUACGCAAGCAAGCAGCUGCAACUCUUCAUAGUAUGCAAGCUCUUAUAAGAGCCCAAGCCACUGUUCGCUCACAGAGAGCUCGUAGUCUUCACAACAAAGAUCACCACAGGUUUCAACCAGAGCUCCGACCUCGUAAAUCCAUUGAAAGAUUUGAUGAAACAAGAAGCGAGCACACGGCAUCAAUCCACAGUAGGAGGCUAUCGGCAUCUCUGGAGAACGCUAUUAACAAUUUGGAUGAGAGCCCAAAGAUUGUGGAAAUGGAUACUUGCAGGCCAAGAUCAAGAUCCCGUAGAACUAACACAUCAAUGUGGGAUUCUGGUGAAGACCCUCCUUACCAAACGAUAUCAUCUCCUCUGCCAUGUCAAAUUCCAGGUCGUCUCUCAAUACCAGAGGGCCGAAACUACCCAGAUUUCGAUUGGGUCUUGACAGGAGACGAAUGCAGGUUUUCCACAGCACAUAGCACUCCUCGAUUUGCAAAUUCAGGAGGAUCAAAUGCACCGGUGACGCCGGCCAAGAGUGUAUGCGCAGAGAGCUUCUUCAGGAAUUACUCUAAUUUCCCCAAUUACAUGGCAAACACACAGUCAUUCAGGGCCAAAGUGAGAUCCUACAGUGCCCCAAAGCAGAGGCCAGAGCCAGGUCCAAAGAAGAAGCUAUCUCUGAAUGAAAUGGUGGAGUCAAGGGCCAGUUUAAGUGGGGUUCGGAUGCAGAGAUCCUCUUCUCAAGUUCAAGAUGCCUUCCAUUUUAAGAAUGCAGUAAUGGGUAGGCUGGACAAGUCUGUUGAUCUUGUAAGAGAUUCAGAGAGGGACUACUUAGAGAGAAGAUGGUAGAGAAGAGUUGCCGGAGCUUCCUGUGCUCUGCUCUGGUUCAAACCCAUCCAGUAGAACAGGUAGAACACAAAAAUGUGUUCUUGUAAAGUGGAAAUUAAAAUCAUUCACAAACAAGAUCUUAUCCAAUUGUGAAUUUGUGAGGAUUAAGUUGUGAUUUCUGAGAUGAAAUCAAUGUUUUUUUUUUUCUUUCUUUCUUUAAUCUGCAAAUGUUCAAUGGAAAUCAAAUGAAGAAUCAGUACAAUAUUGCCAUUGUGCUUUGUUCAUUACUGCAA